AUGGACAACAAUCAGUUCCAGCGGGCUAUGCCAGGGCCGCCUAUGCCCAACCUGGAUGGCCAAAAGUGGGUGUCACCACCGCAGUUCAAUGGUGCACCAGGUCAAGACCAUGAGGAAUCAUCUGGAACUCCGGAACCCCGAAGCCGUCCCAUGCGCGGACGGCCUCGCCAGUCUCGCCCGGCAGGCGCUUCGACGGGCUCGCCAAGCUCCUCGCACCCAGGCCAGCCAUCAAACGGACGUCCAAAUGUACCCAAUGCUCAGCCAAAUUCUCCGCAGGGUGCCUCUCUUCGUCCGCCGCGCCGCCCCCAGCCUCCACAGCCGCCACAGCCUGGCGGUGGUCCCUCGCCGGCGCGUCGGCAUCCGCAGCGGCCUCAACCUCCGCAGCCUCCGCAGCCCGUUGUAGGAAGCACGUUUUCUCGUUCGAAUAAAAAGAAAGGCACGUGGAAGGGCUUGUUUUUCAAGCUGUUUUUGGCAUAUUCGGCCUUUUUGCUGCUUUUCACGUGUCCACCUACGCAGCCGUUGACGGAUGAUAUGCCGUGCUUGUGCCGUAAAUUACACAACCGUAUCGACGAUUUGCGUCCCUUUUACUCACAGCAUCUGGCUCCGCACAUCAAUCCCCAGUUGGAGCGUCCAGUUGUCCAAAAAGCCAAGACGGUUGUCGUUCCGUUUGUUCACCGCGCCGUCGAUGCGUCUUCGGGCUUUUACAACAGCAAGGUUCGUCCCCAUCUCGAAUCAGCAGCGUCAAAAAUCCUCACGGCUGCUGAAAAUCAAGCUCAGCCCCAAUUAGCCAAGCUCCAGCCCCAUUUGGCCGCUGCGUUUUCCAAAGCUCAAGAGUUGAAGUCAAAGUUCGUCGACCCUGCUUUCCAGAAGAGCCUCAAGUAUCACGAGCAGUAUGGUAAGCCGGCUUUGGAUCGAGCAGAUGCCUUUGUUCAGACCAAGGUUCGUCCUCAUGUCAACCAGGCUGCAGCAAUUGGUGCUCACCAUGGCCAACUUUACUGGGCUGUAUUCCGUAAGUGGUUUCAUGAGCAUGUGGUACUGUCUGUCCUAAGAUUCUAUUCCCAGACCGUGCUUCCUUCCAUCGAUAAAAUUCGUGAUCGCUUGAAUUCUCGUACUGAGAAUGCUGCGCAGCAAGUUGCCGGCAUCUCGAUCGAGCCGUUCGCCCAAGAAGCAACACCGGAGCCUCCUGUACCCACCAGCUUGGAUGCAGAAGUGACUCCUGCCUUGGAGGUCGAGUUUGGAGUCCCAGAACCUAUGUCUGUGGUUGAAGAACCAGCAGCCCCUAAGUCUACUUUUGUCGAGCACGAAAUUCCUCCUGUCGAGGUGCAUAUGCCAGAUAUCCCAGCCGCCCCUAAGGCUUCUGAGGAAACUUUGUACGAUGCCGACCAGGUUGCAUCUGCUCUUGAUUCUGCACCCGAACCCCCGACCAAGGAUAUUCCUGAAGAAGCUAUCGAGGAGUAUAUCGAGGAGCUAAAGGAGAAGGCCAAGUCUGAGUCUGAACCUGUCAUUGAGUUCAACACACCUGUCGAAGAGCCUAAAGUUGAAACUAAGGCCGACCCGGCAAAGCGUGUGGUGCGCCCCAGCAAGGUCAGCAAUAAACCCGGUAAGCCUGUCCCACAUCCUAGUAAUGUUAACGAUAAGCCCGUUAAGCCUGUCGCAGAGCCUAGCAAGAUCAACUUUGAAGCCAAAGCUUCUACCGAGAAAAUCAAGCUUUCUUGGGCAGCCCGAGUUGAUCGCACUGCUCAGAGCGCCCUGAAAACCCUCCAAAAGGACGUCGAGGCUUCUUGCAAGGAGAUUCUUGCUUCAUCAAAACCCCAAUUCGUAAAGCUUUUGCGGGAAAUUUCUCAGUACGGUGAAAGUAAAGUCGAAGAACUUACCAAGAUUGUCGAUGACGUUGAGAACGAUGAGACCGUUUACGAAGACGAUAAUAUCGUCAACGAGUUUACUCUUGCUGCUGAUCAUAUCAAUGAGCUUAGCAACGACGUCCGUGGGCAAGCUUUGACAGUAGCUGAGAAGGCCCUAGAGCGCACUGAGGAGCUUCGUAAACAAACUCUGGAGGCUCUCGAUGAUUUCUUUGAUGUAAUUCUACUUGAAGCAGGUCGUCAAAGUGUUGACGAUGAAGAGGAUGAGUUUGCAAAAUGGAAAGAGUACCAUCAGCUCAAAGAGCAUUUGAACUCUGUUCGUUCCGGAAUCGAGGCUCAUGACAUUGAUAUGGAGGUCAUUAAUGCUUCCCUAAGAGAGCCGCAGCAGGCUGCGAUUCUUAUGGCUCAAGAAUUUAUGAACCAUGUCAACUCUCUUCGGGCGAAAACUCAAUUCCUUGUACAGCAGCGCCUCUUGCAAAAGCGAAGCGCUGAAGAGGAAUCCGAGGAUAAACCUGAGUCUUCUUCUAUUUCUGCGCAAGAGGUUUCGGCAACCCCUAAAGUAGCUGAGUCCACUCUGGAGGCUGAGCCUACUCCCAAUACCACUAGUGAGGUUGUUAUUCCUGCUGCUGCCUCCCCUGAGGACGUUGAUGAGACUGGCGCAGAGGACUUGGAGGAGGAGUAUGUGGAAACUGUCAUUUCAACCAGGUUUCACACUCAAACUAUUGUGAAAGAGGUCGAGCUUCCUGAGACUGAGGUUCCUGAGGUUCCUGAGGUUGUCAUUCAGACGAUGCCGAUCAAAUCCGAUCCUGAGGAGGCUGGAGCCCCGGAGGCUGUCAUUCAGACGGUGCCGAUUGAAACCGAUCCUGAGGAGCCAGAGAUCCCGGAGGCUGUCAUUCAGACGGUUCCCAUCGACAUCCCUCAAGCAAAGACCGGGUCUGAACCAUCUGCCACCGCGAGCCCUCAAAAGGCAGAGACAUUUUCUGAGCCCGAGGUAGUUAUUCAGACUGUUCCGAUUGUUGCUGAUCCGGAAGAAGUCGAGGCUUCUAGCUCAAAGGCGGUAAUCCAGACUGCUCCUAUCGAGGUCGACUCUGAGGAUGUUGUUCAAACGACCACCUCAGAGACCGAACCCCAGUCGGCUAUCCAAACUGUGUCGUCUCAGAGUGAGUCUUCCUCGGCGCCUUCUGUUAGCUCAGUCUCCAGUCAAGAAGAGCCCCAGCCUGUUUCUUCAGCGGAGCCUGUCGAGACCGUUUGGGAGGAUAAAACCCCGCCUUUCCAGUACGUUGGAACGGAGGUAGAGGACCCAGUCACUGUCUAUGAGACUCAGGUGGUUACCAAAGUAGUCCAUGACGAUCUUUAA